CCGGAAGUAUUCGAUUGUGUCUCGUACCAACUUGUUUUGUUGUUUUGUGGUAAGUACAACAGUUUUACACUUAGGUCUUGGUUUAAACACCUGCCGUCCCGCUAAUUGCGGUGGAUCGCGGCUGUGGCGGCUGCUUCUUCACGCUUUCAAGCCACUUUUCUGGGUGACGAUUUAAUUUUUUUUCCUGCACAGAAAAUACUGUGAAUGUCGGGCCGCACUCUCAUAUGCUGCUUCAUAACAAUACAAUUAUUUUCCACAGCAAUGCUCAGUUACAUAGCCUAAUGUUUUGUUCUGUUGUUUCAGGAGUAAUACAGUUCCUGUAAAACAAUGGGUUUGUAUUGGACUUACUGAUCUUUAUAGAAAAUUGGAAUACCUCGAUCAUCUCUCAAAUGCUUUUUGUAAAUACAUUUUAUGUAAUGAAACCAGGUGGAUUGGUGUAGAACGUGAUUGAUGUUAAAAUGUUAAUUUGCUCUGAUUUCUUCCUUGUGUAUGUACUCCAAUGGAUAAGACUGUCCAGCUUCUGUUGUGUCUUGUUUUCCUAGAGGGGUUCAUAAAAUAUUUGUUCUAUAUUUCAGCAGAUGUUGAAGAGAGGAUUUAUGGUGGUUGCGAGGGCCCAGAUGCUAUGCAUGUAAAGUUGAUCUCCACAGAUGGUCAUGAGUUUAUUGUGAAGAGAGAACAUGCUUUAACCUCUGGCACCAUCAAAGCUAUGCUGAGUGGACCCGGUCAGUUUGCUGAAAAUGAAACCAAUGAGCUCAACAGAAAUUCCAGAAUUCCCCAUUGCUCCUGAGAUUGCACUGGAACUGCUCAUGGCUGCAAACUUCCUAGACUGUUAGAUGGGAAUGGUGUAUACAUUUACAGUGACCUAUUUACAUGCCAUUUGUUUGCCAUAAUAUAUGAAUCUCUGAUUAUGAGUGUGUAUUUAUAAACAUUUUGUUCUGUUGAACCAUUAAAUAUGUUUUUGCUUUGUUUUAUGAAAACAGAGGCUUGGCUGCAUGUUUAAGUUAGUAAUUAAUUGAUCAUUUGUGUUUUGUAUGCAAUGUUUUAAACAUCUUUUAAUCAUUUUGUAUUGGCUAUACUUUUGCAAUUGAAUAAAUAUGGAUGA